GGCUCGGGGUGCGCGGGGGGACGUCCGCGAGCUGCCGGAGGGAUCUCUGGAAUAUCCAGAAGGUAAUCCCAUCAUGGCUGAACUCAAGGUGGAGACCCGGACCAGCAUGGACUGGCAGAAACGCUGCCUGGCCCUGGAAACCCAGCUGUUCCGGUUCCGCCUACAGGCCAGCAAGAUAAGGGAGCUGCUUGCGGAGAAGAUGCAGGAGCUGGAGCAGAGGCUGCAGGAGGCAGAGCAGAGAGCAGAGAAUGCAGAGACCCAGGUGGGUGUGAUGGAAGAAGAGGUGAAACUGUCCAAUCUGAAGAAUGUGGGCCCAGCAGGCAGCCUGCACCGGAAGUACCAAGAAUUGCUGAAAGCUGUGCAGGGCAAAGAUGAGCUCAUCGGCCAGCUGGAGGCACAGCUGGAGAAGCAGAAGCAGAUGAGAGCUGAGGAAGCAAAAGUUGUUCAAGAAAAAGCCGCAAAGAUCAAGGAAUGGGUGACGCUCAAGUUAGAAGAGCUUGAGAUGGAGAAUCAGCACCUGAAAAGCUGUAAUCAGCACCUGGUAGAGCAGGUGGGAGCCCUUCAAGAUGCUCUAGAAGCUCUUCAGAUGGCACCUUCAGAGAAGCUGCGGGAGGCCCUCCAGGGAACCCCAGAGCAGGAUUCUGUCCCUGCAGGGCCAGGAGCCCAGCCUAUGGGGCAGGACGGUGGUUCUCAGGCCCAGGACGCUCUAAAGUCAUCCCUGCCUGUGCCUUCCUCGAGUUCUCUGCCAAGCAAGGGCUCUGACCCUAGGGUGGGAAGCCCCACGGAGGAGUCUUGCUCCAUCAUGGUCUGUCCUGGGGGAACAUCCGCGGCCAAGACCCUUCCACCUCGUCUGAGAAGAGAGUGCUCUCCUGGCCUGUGCAUGAAGACUCGGACCCCCAGGCAUGAUUUGGCUUCCUGGGAUGAGGGCCUGGUCACUGCUCAGGGAGGGUCACUCUCUGGGACAAAGACCUCUGCCAGGGAAGGUGGCCCCGGCUGCAGCCUGACCCUACCGAAGGUGCGGGCUCCCAGCACCGCCCAUGACAUUGUCCAGCUGGCCAAGCGGCACCACAGCCAGCCCCAGGUGGGCGCUGGGCACUUCAACCACAUGGUGAGCAUCGAGCUUGGGACCCUCUCAGCCCUCCCCCACGCCAGCCUUCCCAAGGUGGCAGCCCCCGCUGAGCUCCGGGAGGAGCCAGAGAAGAUGGAGAUGGAGGAGCAACCCCCGGCUGGGAGGAAGGAGGAAAGAGAGAGCCUGAAAGCCUCCGGAGCUGAGCUGGAGGAAGUGGAUUCGGGAAGCAAACCACCCACACCCCCCCUGCACCGGUUUCCGUCCUGGGAGAGCCGGAUCUACGCUGUGGCCAUGUCAGGCAUGCGUCUCUCGGGCGUCCCUCUCAGAAGUAACGCCACCUGCUGUGGUUCGAGGCCUCCCCCGCUCUCAUCCGCUGGACCUUUCUCCGGCCUUGUCUACAGGAACUGCACGGCGCCCGUCUACACCGUCCUGAAGGGGAGGGCCACGCAGAUCAGCUCCGUGCCCUUUGUGGACGAGUCCUCUGGCUCCGACGACGACUGCAGCUCUCAGGCGAGUUUCCAAACUUCAGUCCUCUGCUCGGAGCCCCGGAAGACCAGUGGACUGGGCAGCCCCCGGGCCAUCAAGAGAGGUGUUUCCAUGUCCUCUCUGAGCUCGGAGGGUGACUACGCCAUCCCCCCAGACGCCUGCUCCCUGGACAGCGACUGCUCAGAGCCCGAGCACAAGCUGCAGCGCACCUCGUCCUACUCCACUGAUGGGCCGAGCCUGGGCGGGGAGUCGCUGGAGAAGUCGGGCUACCUGCUGAAAAUGGGGAGCCGGGUGAAGACGUGGAAGAGGCGCUGGUUUGUCCUGAGACAGGGACAGAUCCUCUACUACAAGUCCCCGAGCGAUAUCAUCCGGAAGCCUCAGGGUCAGGUGGAACUGAACUCCCGCUGCCAAAUCGUUCGCGGGGAGGGUGCUCAGACAUUCCAGCUGGUCUCUGAGAAGAAAACCUAUUACCUGACGGCGGACUCGCCCUGCUUGCUGGAGGAGUGGAUCCGAGUGCUGCAGGGGCUGCUGAAGGUCCAGGCCGUUGGGCCUCCAGCCCUGCCCCAGGGUGGCGCCAAGCCCGCCGUGCAGGGCUGGCUGACCAAGGUGAAGCAUGGCCACUCCAAGCUGGUCUGGUGUGCUCUCGUUGGGAGAACCUUCUACUACUAUCGGAGCCAUGAGGACAAGCAACCCCUGGGCCACCUGCCUGUGCGGGACGCGCGCAUAGAGGAAGUCGACCGGUCCUGUGACUCAGACGAGGACUACGAGGCUGGAGGAACCCGGCGGUUGCUGUCCUCCCACUACACCCUGGUGAUCCACCCCUCGGAGCACAGCCCCACCUACCUCCUCAUUGGCACCAAGCGUGAAAAGGACACGUGGCGCUAUCACCUCACAGUGGCUGCAGGUGGCAGCAGUGCCAGGGUGGGGACCGCCUACGAGCAGCUCAUUGGCAAGCUGAUGGACGAGGAGGGAGACCCCGACUCCCCGCUCUGGAGGCACCCCACGCUGUGCUACAGCCAAGCCGGGCUGCACACGUCCCUCACCACCCUGCCGUCCGAGGCCCUGCAGACCGAGGCCCUCAAGCUCUUCAAGUCCUGCCAGCUCUUCAUCACCGUGCCCGUGGAGGCCUCCUCGGUGGACUACCACGUGUCCCUGGCGCAGAGGGCGCUGCAGGUCUGCCUGGUCCACCCCGAGCUGCAGAGCGAGAUCUACUGCCAGCUGAUGAAGCAGAGCAGCUGCCGCCCGCCGCAGAAGCACUCCCUCACGCAGUGCUGGCAGCUCCUGGCUCUGUGCGCCCCACUCUUCCUGCCCCAGCACCACUUCCUCUGGUACAUCAAACAGCAGCUCCAGCGCCACGCGGACCCCAGAAAUGAAACUGGCCAGUAUGCCACCUACUGCCAGCGGGCAGUGGAGCGGACGCUGCAGGCGGGGGAGCGGGAGGCCAGGCCAUCACGCAUGGAGGUGGUGUCCGUCUUGCUGCGGAACCCCUUCCACCACUGCUUGCCCUUCAGCAUCCCCGUGCACUUCGCCAACGGGACCUACCAGGUGGUUGGUUUCGACGGCUCCUCCACAGUGGAUGAGUUCCUCCAGCGGCUGAACCAGGAGACGGGCAUGAGAAAGUCGUCCCACUCUGGCUUUGCCCUCUUCACGGACGAUCCUUCGGGCCGGGACCUGGAACACUGCCUGCAGGGGAGUGUCAAGAUCUGCGAUGCCAUCUCCAAGUGGGAACAAGCCCUGAAGGAGCUGCACUCCGGAAAGUCUGAGGGUGGCACUCGUGUCGCGAAGCUGAUGUACAAGAACAGGCUGUACUUCCGGAGCCAAGUCAAAGGGGAGACGGAGCGGGAGCGUUUGCUGCUUGCCUUCCAGACCAGCGGGGAGAUAACGGCAGGGAGGUUUCCUGUCAACAAGGAACUGGCUCUGGAGAUGGCUGCCCUGAUGGCCCAGGUAGAGUUUGGGGACUUGGAGAGGCCCCUCCCACCAGGCGCCAGGGGCACACCCCCUUCCAAGGCUCACCACCACCUGCAGCAGGCCCUAGACAGGUUCUACCCAAGGCGCUACAGGCACGGGGCACCCCCUGAGCAGCUGAGGCACCUCGGAGAUCAGCUGAGCACAAAGUGGGCAACGCUGCAAGGCUGCUCCGCUCCUGAGUGCAUCCGCAUCUACCUGACAGUAGCCCGGAAAUGGCCCUUCUUCGGUGCUAAGCUCUUUGCUGCUCAGCCUGUACAGCUGUCUUCCGAGGAGAAAGCUCUGGUGUGGAUUGCUGUGAAUGAGGAUGGUGUCAGCAUCCUGGACCACAACACUAUGCAAGUGCAUGUCACUUACCCCUACUCUUCAGUGACGACCUUCGGUGGCUGCCGGGACGACUUCAUGCUUGUGGUUAGAUCCAUUCCAGACCAGAGCUCUGGAAAAGGCCACAUUGAAAAGUUGACCUUCCGGAUGGCCACUCCCAAGGUCGCAGAGGCUGCUUUCAUCGUGGCCAGCUACUUGAACCAUUGCUCCGCAACUGUGAACCCACCCACCAAGCCACCCGCUGCCCACCAGCCGUGGGAGCUGGCUGCACGGCCGUUCUUUGCCUCUGUUCCACGUGCUGCCAAGGGACCAGCGUUGCUGUGA